GAAGGCCAAGCAGGACGAGGCCGGUGCCGUUGUCCCGGAUGCCAUUGUCAACCGCCGCCAGAAGAAGAAGGAGAAGACCUUCGAGUACGAGGUGAAGUGGCAGUUCAAGUCCAUGGAAAACAACACCUGGGUGGAGAAGGACACGUUGGUGAAGAUGGGCUACAUCAAGCUCGUUCAGCGUGAGGAUGAGCGUCAGGCUGCCAUGGCAGGACUGAUGACGAAGCAGCUCACCCAGCCGGGUGUGGAGAAGCACUUGGCAGACUUCGGCGUCGACGCCGAGUCCGCAAGCCACACGCAGAUCAACCAGCUCAGUGGUGGAAUGAAGGUGAAGAUCGUCCUCGCGGCUGCCAUGUGGCAGAAUCCGCACGUGCUCAUCCUUGACGAGCCGACCAACUACCUGGAUCGCGACGGGCUGGGUGCCCUGGUUCUGGCGAUCAAGGAUUACAAGGGCGGUGUCCUCAUCAUCUCCCACAACAAGCUGGACUGCCUGGACCACCUGGACUACCACACCGACCCGAACCUGAGCCAAACCAACCGGAGCUACCCGCACGACCUGCACUACCGCGACGACCAACACAACCACGACCAGCUGGACUACCUGUACAACCUGGACUACCUCACCGACCCGAACCAGAGCCAGAACCGCUACAACCUGCUGUACGACCUGCUGCACUACCACCUCCUCUCGAACCACCUGCGCGUCCUCAACCAGCCGAACAACUACGACCGCUACAACCUCCUUCUGAACAGCUGCCGGUGGAGCACCCGCACAACGAAGAAGGGGAACACACGGACUGCCGACCUCCGGGACUACCUGACCCACGUGACCUACCUGCACCUCCUGGACUACCUCAACGACCCGAACGACCCGAACCACCGGCUUCUACCCUGGCUCCGCAACCAGUCCUACCUUGGCC